CUGUGACGCGUUCAUCAAGAAUGUGACGUCUGCAAGUUGCAACUAGUCACGUGAUCGAUGCAAGAGUGCGUUCAAAAGUCCUAUCCACCAAGUAAAAUAACGUUUGAUUAACCAAUAGGGACAAAGAGAUCCUUUAGUCAACCCACAGGAAGUGACAGAUAUUGUGCAUCGCCGCGUGCUCAUUGCAUUUGAUACUGUGCCUACGAACGACGUAGUAGAUCACGAGUGACUUCCGUCGAUAACGCGAACGUCGACGACGGAAGGUGAAAAGUUCGAAAGGCAACAGAAUCCACGUAACAUGGCAGCUAAUAUACAGCAUCCGUUCGAGCCACCCAGUUCGGCAAGCUCCGAGAGUGAUGAUGGCGACGUGUGCCUGGACGAUCGCGAGAUCUUUCUCGCCGACGAGUUGUGCGAGGAUGCUGAACACUACAGGCGCUCCGAUGUCGUCACACCGACACCGCAGUCUCCGCGGCCACCGUCCACAGGUUCACAAAAAUCUCCACGAUCACGUAGACAACGCACUACCAGCAUGUCGCAAUCAAGUAAGAAGACAUCUGCGGAAUCCAUCCUCAGGAGCAAAACUCGUACCAUUUAUACAGCUGGUAGACCUCCUUGGUACAAUUCAGCUGGUCAACAAGUGGAACCUUUUGUAAUUGGUAUCUGUGGAGGCAGCGCUUCUGGGAAGACAACGGUUGCAACUAAAAUCAUAGAAUCUCUAAAUGUACCAUGGGUGACUCUUCUUAGUAUGGACUCUUUUUAUAAAGUGUUAAACGAAAAGCAGCACGAGUUGGCCGCGCGCAAUGAGUACAACUUCGAUCAUCCUGAUGCAUUCGAUUUCGAACUUCUCAAGACUACGUUGCAGCGACUGAAGGAAGGACGCAUGAUAGAAGUUCCUAUUUAUAAUUUUGUAACUCAUCGCAGGGAAAGUAGAACGAAAACCAUGUAUGGUGCCAAUGUCAUUAUCUUCGAAGGUAUACUUACCUUCUACAAUGUCGACGUAUUGAAAUUGUGCGAUAUGAAAGUUUUCGUCGAUACUGAUGCGGAUGUCAGACUGGCCAGACGUUUACGGAGGGAUAUUUCACAAAGAGGCAGAGAUCUGGAGGGUGUAUUGAAACAGUAUAGUAAACAUGUGCAGCCGGCUUUUUAUUAUUACAUAGCGCCUCUUAUGGUUCAUGCCGAUAUCAUUGUGCCACGUGGAGGAGAUAAUGAAGUGGCAAUAGAACUUAUUGUGCAACACAUUCACACUCAACUUCAAUUGAGAGGUUUCAAAUUGAGGGAAAAGUUGGCACACUCGUAUAUUGGUCAGCCAUUGCCUUCGUCAUUGUAUUUGCUUCCGGAUACACCACAGAUAAAAGGUCUUCAUACAUUUAUACGCAAUAAGGAGACAUAUAGAGACGAAUUUAUUUUUUACUCCAAGCGAUUGAUUCGCCUAGUCAUCGAAUAUGCAUUGUCUUUGUUACCUUUUGAGGAUGUAACCGUCGAAACGCCACAAGGAGUGUUGUAUGGUGGCAAACGGGGUGCAACAAACAAGAUAUGCGGUGUGUCGAUAUUGCGAGCCGGCGAAACUAUGGAACAAGCUGUGCGGGACGUGUGCAAGGAUAUACGCAUAGGAAAAAUUCUUAUUCAAACUAAUCAACAGACUGGCGAGCCUGAAUUGUAUUAUCUCCGAUUACCAAAGGACAUCAAAGACUAUAGAGUAAUAUUGAUGGAUGCUACUGUAGCAACGGGUGCUGCUGCUAUCAUGGCGAUUAGGGUGCUAUUAGAUCAUGAUGUUGCCGAGGAAAAUGUAUUGUUGGCAUCAUUGCUGAUGGCGGAAUCUGGUGUGCAUUCUAUUGCAUAUGCCUUUCCGCGAGUAAAGAUCGUUACUUCCGCAUUAGAUCCCGAAAUAAAUGAGAAAUUCUAUGUAUUGCCUGGCAUUGGAAAUUUUGGCGAUAGAUACUUUGGCACCGAACCAUCUGAUGAUUAAGGUAGCUUAUAGAGCUACCUUAACUGUUUAAAGUACUUAUAUAUUCACUACGUUGUGUAAAUUGUGAUACAAAUAUCAAAAUAAUCUAUCAUAUCUUUAAUAAAAAGUGUGUUACAUAAAC